GAAGCGGCGGUUAAAAUCCUCCUCUUUACUUUCCUCUGGCAUUAAAAAAAAAAGAGAGAGAGACCGACGACAGAGCAAAGAGAGUCCCAUCUCGAAGGUCAAAGUUGAGUGCCAUGGCUCGUGGGCAGCAGAAGAUUCAAUCCCAGCAGAAAAACGCCAAGAAGGCAGCAGACAAGAAGAAAGGUCAGGCUGCCGACCAGAAGACCGCAGCCAAGGCGGCGCUGGUCCACACCUGCCCCGUGUGUCGGACACAAAUGCCCGACCCCAAGACGUUCAAGCAGCACUUUGAGAGCAAACACCCCAAAUCUCCCAUGCCUCCUGAGCUGGCAGACGUUCAGGCAUAAAGUCCUGCAGACAUGACCGGACCUGAACCACAACAAAUACACAAUGACCACGGACUAAAGGUUGAAUCAUGGAGGAUGAAGGAUGUUGAUGACGAACACUUGGACCCGUCAGUAUUCAUGGACAGCGGGUGUGAUUGGGAGGGGAGGGAUGUGUGUAUGUGCUGUGUACGUACAUGUGUGUAUGUGUAAGAGAGAACAAUAACAAAGGCAGAAGUACACCAGCACCCAUUUUUUUAUAUUUAUAAUGUCAAACUACAGUUCUAUUCCAGAUUGGAUCAAGGAGAGAUCAGCUAGGUAACCCACUAACACCGAACAAAAUACAAUUCACGACUGAAGAUGUGAUGGGUCAGAAAAAACUACGAUGGGGGAAUAAUGAAACAUGGUGAUCUGGCUAGUUAACAGAUUGUUAUACUGAUCGAUGACACAGAUGACACUCGCCCUGCAUGUCCCGUCGGGUGCUGCUGGGUAAAAACUCACUAUUAUCCUUCUCACUUGAGCAAAGCGCUUUCACAUCUUCUUCACAAUCAACAGUGCACACUCUCAGUGAAUGACAAAAAAAUGACCAAAACCCAGAACCACUGGCCUCUUCUAGUGACUCCAGUUCACAAUGUAAUGUUAGAAUUUCAGUUUUUGUUGGUGGUUAAACUCGUACAAUAAAUUUCUCAAACUGGAUGUGGAGAUGAACAGUUUUUGUUUUAGAGAGACUCGACAACGUUUACUCCUCAGCUCACACUCACCGGGCGUUUUCAUGGCUCAGAACAGUUAUUCAUUCUUAACAAAGUUCUUCAAACCCGUGUUUAGAAAAGGAACUUCUUUUAGCUCCUAGUCCACAAGAGGAGCAGUCAAUGAUUGGCAGAACAAUAGAGCCACUGCUGCACCGCUAGCUUCAAAAGCUGCUAACAGUAGCUUCAAACUGGACCAAAAACAGAUGAAUGGAGGGAAAGUCACCUCUCCUUUAAGUCAUCAUGUAACACCCAACACAAAACAAACCCCCUCUCUGACCACAGGGUUUGUCCUUGUUUUUCAGCCAGCUUAUUUUACUUCAGGCUCUAUGAGCGGUGCACAAAGAGCCCUCAAAGGUCCGGUUCUCGGAGGGGGGGGGGGGCCUACACAGAACUGUAUGGUCUGAAAACGCCUAACAACACCAUACAACAGUACCUCACGUUAAAACCACACAGCAGUCUCAUCGUGUCUUCUCUUACCCAGAAUCCUCUUCUACAUUUAAACGUUGUUCUUCUCAGGCUUCUUUCCCAACAAAAUCUCUGCAAUAACAUCCCCCUCCCCUCCCCCCCCCGUUACACCAGGACAGGAUUUAGUGUCAUAAACUGAACCCCCGUCUAAAGUAUGCACAGCUUUUUUUCUUUUUUCAUGAAUGCUUUCAGUUGUUAUCGGUUUAGCGCUAAUUACUAAUUUUUGGAGAAUUAAAUUCAUUAACUGGCCGAAUGAUUAUUCCCCCUUCUUCAUGGUUCCUCGUUUAUUUACUAGAAGGACAAACGUCACUAAUCUGCUUUCACUGUAUUUUUUUUUUUUAUCCUUUUCAAUAAAUUGUAAAAUGUAUUUAA